UGAGUGAACGCGUGUGGUAGGCGGGACUCGACGCUGUGAACACAGCAACGCGGUCUGUCGCUUACCUGCCUUUACUCUGUCAAAGAAGGAAAGAUUAACUUGAUUAAGUCAGUCUCUAUGUGGGCAGAAGAGGUUAACCGACAUUUUGUCGAGAACCCACAGACACAGGAUGCGCUGUUAUCGGCGUGCCUUUUUCCUGUGCACGGCGUUCACCUUUUUUUCAUUGCUCUACGUGUUCAAUCAUCUCGCGUCUACCCUGGAGGACACCGACGGGCGGGGCCUUGGUGAGCUGAGGACACCCGCCGGAGGGAGUCCUUACACGGGGAACGUUCUCAGGAAAAACCCAGGACUGACAGGCCGUCGAGUUCACCAGCCGGUCAGGUGUAAAUCAUUGUCAGUCUCUUACUGGAAUCCGUUUUGGAGGUUGCCUGCUGAUGUUUGUGGACUGAACUGCUUUUUGGAAUCAUCAUUUAGGGACGGGAUGGACUCUGAUGCAGAAGACGGCGAUAACGAAAGCAGUCACAUAGCUGUAGUGGCUUGUGGCCCGAGGUUGGACGAGACGCUCACCAUGCUCAAGUCUGCCAUCAUAUUCAGCAAAAAGCCUCUCACAUUUCACAUCUUUGCCGAUGAUGAGCUACAGGACAGCUUUCGAAAUGCGCUGUACUCCUGGCCGAGAUCAGCUCAGGCGAAGUUUAACUUUACCAUCUACCCCAUCACUUUCCCCAGCGGGGAUGAGAAAGAGUGGAAGAAGCUCUUCAAACCAUGUGCCUCUCAAAGACUCUUUUUACCUCUAAUCCUGAAGGAGGUGGACUCUUUGCUCUACGUGGACACAGAUAUCCUUUUUCUACAGCCGGUGGAGGACAUCUGGGCCUUCUUCACACAGUUCAACAAGAGCCAGCUGGCUGCCAUGGCCCCGGAGCACGAGGAGCCACGUAUCGGCUGGUACAACCGUUUCGCCCGCCAUCCUUACUAUGGCAACACUGGCGUCAACUCAGGAGUCAUGCUCAUGAACAUGACACGCCUCAGGGAAACUCUUUUUAAGAAUGACAUGACAACAGUUGCGCUUCACUGGAGUGAAAUGCUGAUGCCCCUCCUUCAAAAGUAUAAGCUCAACAUCACCUGGGGGGACCAGGACCUUCUCAAUAUCAUAUUUCAUCACAACCCGGAACGCCUUUACGUGUUCCCCUGCCAGUGGAACUACCGUCCGGACCACUGCGUCUAUGGCCUCAACUGUCAACAGGCUGAGAAAGAUGGCGUCCUCAUUCUCCACGGUAGCAGGGGAGUUUACCAUAACGAAAAGCAGCCGGCGUUUAGAGCCGUCUACGAGGCCAUUCGGCAGUACCCCUUUGGCGAGAACAUGGAGACUUCACUGCUACAGCCGUUGGACGCAUCUCUCCGGACCACCGCCGAUUCCUACUGUGGACGGGUGAGCCACUUGUUCACCAAGAGGCUCAAACAAAGUAUUGCAUCCGUUUAAUAGGAGAUGACAGGGGGAAGAUGAGACUUGUUUCAUUAGGGGUGGGACUGUCAAAGGUGGGUGGGGGGCGGGGGGGCGCGUUCGCCUUCUAGCCAAUCUCUGCCGGACACCUGAACUCUGGUAUGUUUGGAGUGGUCUGAUAUGUACCAGUGCACGGUUAAGCUGACCCUGCGCUGGCACGUUUUGGAAGGGGUGUGCGGUGCACAAGCACAUCAAAUAGUAGACGUGUCAUACAAUUAUUCCGAUGCGAUGGCUCCGCUCGGCAGUUAUUCACGAUAACGUCCUUGGGCGGUAGAAGUAAACAGAAUGAGAAAUAGUCUGUCAGGACACUGUUGUGUAAUGGAGUGAUGACGGGGUGAACAGACAAACUCCGCAUAGAAAGGCUGGAGUUGAGAUUGAAACCCACCCAAGGGAAAAACAGCAUGACAAAGCAAUAUAACGUGAUAUCAAUGCAAAUGAAGGUCAACUUGUCGAAACAGCGAUCUUGUCGAAAAAGCAGACAGAAAAAUACCAAGUCAUGAUGUUAUUAAUACCAACAUACACGUUUCUGUCAAAGUAACAUAUUUUCUGCACUAUAGGGCGCACCGAAAAGCAUAAAAAUUUCUCAAAAUCUUAGUGUGCUUUAUAAUCCCAUGCGCCAUAUAUAUGGAUCAACAUUCGGAUUUCUUGGCUGUAGUAUUUUAAAUGUUCUGUAAAGCACUUUGUUACAGCUGCCGCGGUUGUCAAAGCGCUACAUAAAUAAAGCUGUAUUGUAUUCCUUUAGCGUAGCUCCAUCUAGUGGAUGCAUCGCAUAAUUGCAGCCAGUAUUGUAGCUUCUAUUCUAUGCGCCUUAUAACGCGGUGCGCCCUAUAUAUGAAGACGAUUUCGAAAUACGCCAUUAGUUGAAGGUGCACCUUGUAGUGCGGACAAUACGCUAUUUACAAAAUCCUAGAUGCAUCAAGUACUCCCUCCGAAAUGUUUACGCUUCAGACUGCACAGAAAGAUGCAUUCAUUUUGAUGACAUUUUCAUUUUCACCGUUUACUUCAUCAAUAACGUUCACUGGCAAAAUUAGUCACUCCGUGUUGGCCUGUUUUACAACCGUCACACUACUUGAAUUGAAUGAAGAGUUAUGGUCACACUUGAAUGUUAUUUAUGUAAGAGUGUUGUCAAUCGUCUCCGUUCUCAAUAUACGUUGCGACUCAUCACUCUUUGUCAAAACCAACCGAAUGACCACAAAAAAGUGAAUUGCGUCAGUUACUGAAAGCAUCGCCUCCACAUAUAAGGACUUUAUGGCGGUAAUAACAGUUUGGCAGCAAAAUGGAUUAUUUGUGGGCAAUUAUUCUGAAUGAAGCACAGAUCUGGGUUACGUCACUGCUGUAUGAAUGGGAGUCGCGAGUUGUAAGAAGAGCUCCCAGGCUAUGCAACGCAAUCGUGUACAGUGAGAGACAGCGGAAUAUAUCAGUAUCAAGAUUUAGUCAAGUCUGUAAUGAAGGACUUACGAAAAUGAAGACUUAAAAGGCAAGAACAGACACAAGACGGCGUCGAGUAUUCCAAUGAGGCGUUUCCUUGAAUACUUGCCUCCUUUUGACCUCUUAAGGAGCUUCUGCAUUGUUCUUCAAAGAGAUUUCCUCAAACAACAUUUGGUACGUGCGGCCCAAUAAACCGGAUGACAAACAGGCUCAAGCCUACUGAAUUAUUACCUGUUUACAACUUUUGUACUGCGUAAAUUGGGCUGGUGGUCACGCGCAACCCGCUUAAUUUUUUAUGUGUUUUCAAGCACUGGUUCAUAUAAAAGACCAGCAUCACUCCCUGUUAAUUCUCUUUUUUUCUCCUUUUUUUUUUUUUUUUUACACCACAGUCGAAAACCUAGUUUACUUUGCAGACAUGAUUAAUUUUGCAGGACUUUUGAGCCAAUCGGGUUGUUUUUAAGAAAGAUGUAUAAUCCCAAUCAUGCCACUUUACACAGUUAGCCUCGGGUUUUCAGAGUCAUUAGGGCAUACAUCAAAGUUCCCUUCAAGUGCAAAUAAGGAGCAAACUGUUUUAUAAUUAACUUUUGUAAGCCGCCGUGUUGCAAAGAAAAAACGGCGAAGAUACAUCGUCAACAUAGCUUCUCUAUUAUGUCAUCGUGUCUUGAAAUGAGCCUUAGCUGAUCUAUUUAAAAAAAAAAAUGAAUGUCUGGCUGGUCCACCAUUAUUUCAGACCACAUGUAGGCGAAUGCAGCUAAAAAAAAACAAAACCAAACCUAUUUCACUUGUAAUUUUAAAGACACACCAACAUUGUUGUUAUCAUUACAAUUUAAUGGGAGAACGUGUUCCGAGGUACAGGGUUGCUUUUAUGUCGCAAUACAAAGUCCUUGUGUGUAUGUGGUAUGUACAGUAUUUAAAAUCCCUGCCGUUGUGACUGGAUUGGAUUGUUUACUUUUAAGUGGAGUAUUGUCAAAACUACAUUCACACUAUGUUACCGUCUGCCACAACAGCUGCCCCAUCUGCCCGAAACAUAGCGUGCUUCGGGAUUCUGGCCACCGUUCCAACACGAGAGUGUUGGAACGGUGCCGCUGAUCCCCGCGGGUUUUAAAGACGCACUUUGUUUUGGCCUGCUGUUUUCUCAGUAAGGCUCUCCAGGCCUGUGGCCUUCUGAUCGAAUCCCUCACACGUUUGUCAUGUUUUUGUCAAAUUGUCUGCGAAUGAAAUGGGGAUGUUGGCCAGCGUUGGAGUGCGUUAGUUGAAUGAAGCUGCCACGUCUACUGUUGCUUAAGAAACGCUUGAAGUAAUUUGCUAAUUCACCUUUUCUACCAAAUCGUGCAAAAGAGGCUGUUAUUCAGAGAAAAUGUCCAUUAAAUGACAUUACAUCUCUCUAUCACUGACACAUUUCAACGUUAACGUCACAUUAAAUUGACUACACGGGAGGCAAAUGUGAUAUGUUCGCAUAAAAAUGUGUCCAUUCCCUCCAAGUUGCGUUCCGCCCCAUUACCUACUGUAAGAUUUUCGUUGCAUUCGCUCCCGUUUUAUGAUUUCUCAUCCGCGCUUGUGAUGGCAGUGGCAAAUUUUGGAAGAAUUAAAACGUUUCCGCCACCACCACGGCCUGUCACAUUUGCUCAUCCCGUCCCCUAGUUUUGCCCCACGGUGCCCCCGCAACAGCGCUGCCGUGGCCGUCAGCAACAUAGUGGAAACUUAGCAUGAGCUAAAACUAGCCUGUUGCUAUACGAAACGUACAUUUGUCAAUGUAAAACUUUUUUUGUGUGUGUGUGACUUGCUAUGUUUUUGCCUUUUUUUUUUUUUGUAUCCCUGAGUCACUAUUAAAGUCUGAGUGUUUUAUUGGAA